CAGCCAGGUUGCUAAGAAUAUAAAACCACCCUGCACUUCCACUGUGCAGUCAGUCUGAUGCGACAUCAAAGGAAUAAAGUUGUUGAAACAAUACUGCUGCCAUGGCAACGUGUACAGGACAUACAAAGGGAGAGCUUAUGGAGCAGAUAAACACCUCAACACAGCAACAAUGCCAGCAGAUGACAGAUAAUGACGAGAAGACACUGAGGAAAGUUACUAAUGGAGAUUCAGAGAUGAUGUCAGUUUUAUCGGCAGAGAAAGCAUCUCAGAUGCUUUACCAAGAUCUCUGCAACUUUCUUGACACAGACCUUAAGGUGGGUUUAUCACACGAAGAAGCAGCCAGUCGCAGGAAGGUUCACGGCCCUAAUGAAUUUGAAAUCAGCAAAGAAGAGCCAUUAUGGCGGAAGUACCUUGGACAGUUCAACAAUCCUUUAAUAUUGCUGCUUCUUGCAUCUGCAGUGGUAAGUGCAGUGAUGCGACAGUUUGAUGAUGCUGUUAGCAUCACAAUAGCCAUUAUUAUAGUUGUGACUGUUGGGUUUGUGCAGGAGUAUCGAUCUGAAAAAUCUCUGGAAGCUCUUACCAAACUUGUUCCACCAAAUUGUCAUUGUCUUCGCAAUGGUAACGUAGAGACAUUUUAUGCCCGAGAUCUUGUGCCUGGUGAUGUUGUCUACCUCAGUAUUGGAGACAGGGUACCAGCAGACAUCCGUCUUUGUGAGGCUGUUGACCUCGCAAUUGAUGAAUCUAGCUUUACUGGAGAGACUCAGCCCAUAGCCAAAACAACAGCAGCUCAACACAAUGGCGGAUCAAAUGGAGUUUCAAAUUUGAAAUGUGUAGCUUUCAUGGGGACUCUGGUGCGCUGUGGCAAUGGCAAGGGUGUAGUUUUUGGUACCGGAGAGAAUUCUGAAUUUGGAGAGAUUUUUAAAAUGAUGCAAGAGGAAGAGGCACCCAAAACCCCACUCCAGAGAAGCAUGGACAUUCUGGGCAAGCAGCUGUCCUUCUACUCAUUCUGUAUCAUUGGUGUGAUUAUGUUAUUGGGAUACAUACAAGGUCGCCACUUACUUGAUAUGUUUACCAUUGGAGUCAGUUUGGCAGUUGCAGCUAUUCCUGAAGGUCUUCCUAUCGUUGUCACCGUUACCCUUGCUUUAGGGGUGAUGCGCAUGGCAAAACGCAAAGCCAUUGUUAAGAAGUUGCCCAUCGUAGAAACACUUGGUUGUGUUAAUGUGAUAUUUUCUGAUAAAACUGGGACACUUACUAAGAAUGAGAUGACUGUUACCCAGGUGUUUACUGCAGAUGGUCAACAUGCUGAUGUAAGUGGUGUCGGUUACAAUGGUGAUGGUGAUGUGACGUCUCAUGGAGAUGUCAUCAGAGAAUAUUCCAACAACUCUUUUUACAAGAUAGCUGAGGUAUCCUGUUUAUGUAACAAUGCAGAGAUUACCUUGAACGGUCUCCAUGGUCAACCAACAGAAGGAGCACUUAUUGCUUUUGCUCUCAAGAUGAACCUCUAUGAUAUCAAACAACAGUUUAUACGGAUUCAAGAGAUUCCUUUCAACUCCGAUUCCAAGUUUAUGGCUGUCAAAUGUGUCUCCAAGUAUAACAAGUCUGAUGAAGGAAUUUACUAUGUGAAAGGUGCUCUUGAAAGGGUGCUUCAGAUGUGUACCAAAUUUUACAGCCACGGGUCUGUGUUGUUACUGCAAGAGAAAUAUGUUUUAGAUUGUUAUAGCCAAGCUGCCAGGAUGGGUACUUGUGGUCUGAGAGUUCUUGCAAUGGCCUAUGGCACCAACUUAAAAGAGUUGGUGUUUGUGGGUUUAGUUGGCAUCAUCGACCCUCCCAGACCUGGAGUGCGUGACGCCAUCCUGCAGCUAAUGAGAGGAGGCGUAAAAGUAAAGAUGUUAACUGGAGAUUCAGAAGAAACGGCACGAGCAAUUGGAGCCCGAUUAGGUUUAUACUCGGUAGGAGCUGGUUCCCUGUCUGGAGACGACAUUGAUAGUAUGGAUGUGAAACACUUGCAGAAAAUCAUUAGUAAUGUUUCCAUAUUCUACCGUACCAGUCCUCGACACAAGAAUAUCAUCAUCAAGGCAACACAGAACACAGGAGCAAUAGUUGGAAUGACAGGAGAUGGUGUCAAUGAUGCAGUGGCCCUGAAAGGCGCAGAUAUUGGAAUAUCUAUGGGGAAAUCGGGAACUGAUGUCUCUAAAGAAGCUGCAGAUAUGAUUUUAGUGGAUGAUGAUUUUUCCAUCAUUCUGUCAGCUAUCGAAGAAGGAAAAGCAAUCUUCCAUAAUAUACGUAACUUUGUCCAGUUCCAAUUAAGCACGAGUAUUGCUGCUUUGUCAUUAAUCACACUUUCAACGUUGAUGAAACUUCCUAAUCCCCUUAAUGCAAUGCAAAUAUUGUGGAUUAAUAUUCUGAUGGAUGGACCACCUGCUCAAAGUCUUGGAGUGGAACCUGUGGACCCAGACGUAAUUAGACAACCGCCACGUAAAGUCAAAGACACAAUAAUCACAAAGAGUUUACUCAUUUAUAUUUUAUUUUCAUCGUUCAUUAUAGUUUCAGGAACGUUGUGGGUUUUCUGGAAAGAGUUGAGUGACAAUAAAAUCACUCCCAGGGACACAACAAUGACUUUCACCUGUUUUGUAUUGUUUGACAUGUUCAAUGCACUUGGCUGUCGUUCACAGACCAAAUCAAUAUUUCAAAUUGGACUUUUUACCAAUCGUAUGUUUUUGAUAGCUGUGGGUGGGUCUCUUGUCGGUCAGUUAUUGGUCAUUUACUUUCCACCUCUUCAGGCUGUCUUUCAGACAGAAGCAUUAUACAUUAAUGAUUUUAUUUUCCUCAUUUGUCUAACAUCUUCAGUAUUUGUGAUGUCAGAGAGCAGAAAGCUUAUAGGAUCAAUGUGGGAAAAGAAGAAAAAAGAAAUAUAUUUUGCAGAUAAUAUUGUAUAGUGACAUUUUUUCUAAUUUGUACAUAAAUUAUGGAUGUUUUGAUAUCAACAGAAACUACAAUUAAAUUAAUUUACAUUGCAAAAAAAAUUCAUCAAA